AACCUACAAGGAAGCCCACUUCAAAAGCUCUCUCUCUCUCUCUCUCUCUCAUAUUUACACACACAUCAAGAGGGCGAUGCAGUCCAAGGCCGCAGAAAAGGAUAUUGCUCUAAAGCAUAAGAAAAAUGUGGACCUGUACCGAGCUUUGUUGAAUGACGAAACUGAGAAGGUGAAAAAAGAAUGUGCCGAAGUUGAUGAGCAAGGAUUACAUAUAUUGACAAUACAUGAUGACACUGUGCUACAUGCGGCCACUUACUCCAAACAAUCCCGAUUGGUACUCGACCUUCUAGAGGCAUUGCCCAACGCUCAUCUCGAUAAAAUGACCCGCCAAAACCACCAAGGAAACACCAUCCUCCACGAAGCGGCAACGUCUGACCACAACCUGGAAGUGGCAAAGGAGGUGCUUGAGAAAGCUCCGGGACUCUUAUGCAUGCGUAACCACCUUGGAGAAACCGCGCUCUUUCGGUCUGUUCGCUAUGGCAACAAAAAGAUAUUCAACUUUCUUAUGGAGAAAAUUUCCAGUUACAGUGAAGAUAAUCAGCAACUCUUCCUUCAGAGGAGUGAUAAAACCACCAUUCUUCACGCUGCCAUUCUUGCUCUACAAUUCGAUUUGGCCUUUGAAAUUGCGUCAAAGUUCAAACACCUAAUUGGUGAACGAGACGCGGAUGGGAUGACCGGUCUUCAGCUUCUAUCCUGCAAUCCGGGAGCUUUUCAACCAGAUCAGGACUAUAAAGGGGGAUUCCUGAAGCAUAUAAUCAAUUCUACCAGAUGGUCAAGAUCAGUUGAAGAGUCAGGAUGUGAUUUAGCAUCGAAACUUGCCGACUUCUUAAUAGACACAGAUUUUUCUUGGGAGGCAACUUAUCCUGGAAUAGACCAGAGUAAGCCUAGGCUCCACAAAUAUGGCCGGGCUCCAAGCGUAGACAAGGGAGUUGGACAAGGCCCCCAAUUGAUGAGUACAGCGCUUGGUCAAGGGGAUCAACCAGAAACGGCCCCUCCUUUGUUUUUGGCAACUAAGUCGGGCUGCGUAUACAUUGCUAAAAAAAUAUUGGACUGUUACCCUCAGGCAGUCGAGCAUAUUGAUGACGAAGGGCGGAACAUAUUGCAUGUAGCGAUCAAGUACCGCCAAGAAGAGAUUUUCCAGCUUGUAGAGAGAUUGGAACUGCCAAAGAAGAGGCUGGUACGAAAAGUAGACAACGAUGGUAAUUCUAUACUCCAUACUGUUGGAAUAAAAGUUGAAGAUUAUACACCUGAGGAACUACGAGGCCCCGCAUAUCAAUUGAGAGAAGAAAUGCAAUGGUUUGAGCGUGUGCAGUCUGUCACCCCACCCCAUUUCCUUGAUCACCGUAACAAUAUGAAUCUGACUGCUAAGGGGUUAUUUUACAAAGCAAACAAUGAACUCCGAACAGCGGCAACAGAAUGGCUAAAGCGGACAGCAGAAGGAUGCACUGUUGUGGCAGUUCUCAUUGCUACCGUUGCCUUUGCUGCUGCCUAUACAGUACCCGGAGGCCCUAAUAGUCAGACCGGCGCUCCACUCCUAGCCAAUAAACCUCUCUUUGUGGUUUUUACGGUGACCGAUGUACUGUCCCUUUCAUUUGCAUUGACAUCAGUGGUAAUAUUUCUCUCAAUCGUCUCGUCGUCAUUUCGAUUAUCAGACUUCAGGGAAUCUCUUCCAACUAAGCUAAUGCUAGCUUUCACAUUUCUCUUUCUCUCCGUAUCCAUGAUGAUGAUUGCGUUUGCAGCAACCGUCCUCCUCAUGAUACAGAAGAGAGAAAGCUGGACAAAAGUUAUCCUAUAUGCACUUUCUUUCCUACCAGUUGGAAUCUUCGCACUUUCAUAUUUCCCUCUCUAUCUUUCAUUAGCAGAAACCUUCAAGUAUUUGCUGAAGAAGCUGAGGCAGGCAAUGCCUCGUAACCUUCCUAAUCCAGAGCUCUCUAGGCCAACCAAUUUGUUCUAUAGUUACAGCAAUCGAAGCAACCAGCGCCAAAUCGAUCAGAAUCGACGGCUGGAGACACAAAAUCGUUGUUGCCAGAUAGCCUAACAGCACUCUAAUUCCUCGGUUUGAAGCAGACCAUCAUGUCGUCACUAAUUGUUAUAUGUAGGAUUUCCGUCCCAUAUUGAUUAUUGGGCGGCGUCUGCUUUGUAUUGUUCCUCCCUCUAAACAUUGUAGUUUACAUGUAUCGCCAGGUUAAGGUUGUACUUCUGCAAGUUUAUAAUAAUCCCAAUUUCGACAGAGGUAA